AUGCAUUUAGACACACAGGCAGAAGUUAGUGGUGGAAGAACCUCAGGUGCACCAACUUCAGAAAUGGAGUUUGAAGAAGAAGAAGUGUCUGAACCAGUGAGUCCUAUUGCACAAUACUUCAACAGCUCAGUGUUAUCUCUUACUAUCAUCGGUGUUUUGGAGAUUGCAGUCCCAUUCGAUGACUCACAAACCAUGUCAUUGCUCAAAAAUGUGUUCUUACCCAUCAAUCCUCGGUUCUCCUCCAUCAUGGUCAGAGAUGACGAUGGAGAAAAGAAAUGGAAGCGGGUUGAAGUGAACCUUAAAGACCAUCUUAUUUACCCAAAUUUCCCUCAAGGAAUGUCACCAGAAUUUUAUGACGAGUACUUGGCUGACUACUUAACAAAAAUAGGCAUGGAUCAAUUACCACAAACUAGACCAUUGUGGGAAAUUCACAUAGUUAAGUACCCAACAAGCAGUGCAGCAGGGAAUGUGAUAUUCAAACUUCACCAUGCUCUGGGUGAUGGCUAUUCUCUCAUAGGAGCUCUUCUUUCUUGUAUGCAAAGAGCUGACAAUCCUUCUCUUCCCUUGACGUUCCCUUCGCGUCAAUCGAGCUCCAAACCUAAACGUGAUAGCGUCAACAUUUUCAGACGUGUACCGCGAAUUUUAUCUGGUAUGAUCAACACUGUAUCAGAUUUUGGAUGGAGCAUCUUGAAGAGCAGCGUUGUAGAAGAUGAUCGGACACCAAUCAGAUCCGGAGAUGAAGGGGUUCAGUUCCGCCCUGUCAAUAUAACUACCAUGACAUUCUCUCUUGAUCACUUAAAGCAAAUUAAGGCCAACCUUGGUGUGACGAUAAAUGACGUGAUUACCGGAAUAAUCUUCCUUGGAACUCGAUUAUACAUGCAAGCAACAAGCCAUGAGUUGGGUGAUGCAGAGUCUACUGCACUGGUGGUGCUCAACACCAGAGCCGUGGCAGGUUACAAGUCAAUAAGUGAAAUGCUUAAACCUGAUUCUGAGAUGCCAUGGGGGAACAAUUUCGGAUUCCUGCACAUUCCUAUACCCAAGUUAAGUGUUGCUGAAUCUUCAGACCCUCUCAGCUUUAUUCUCAAGGCACAUCAACUCAUUAAAAGGAAAAGGAACUCUUUUGCUGUUCACCUCACUAGUACGUUACUGGAGGCCAUGAGAAAACUAAGAGGUCCAGAGGCAACCUCCCAGUACGUUCACAGAACUCUCAAGAACUCAAGCAUGGCAAUGUCAAACUUGAUAGGGCCAGUGGAAGAAAUGGCUUUGGCUAAUCAUUAUAUUACAGGCAUGUACUUCGCGGUCGUCGGAAAUCCGCAGGUAUACACAUACAUUGCAGCGAAUAUGGAAUAUUUGCUUUUCUUUAUUUUCUUCAAUGGUCAAUAUAUGCUAUAG